AUGUCGUCUCAGUGGGAGAUUCGCUUCAGCAACUCGCGUCGACUGCCGUACUUCUACGACCCUGUGACGCAGCAGUCCACAUGGGAGAUUCCAGAGGGCCAUACGGACGAGUCGAUCCGAUCGCUUCCAGGCGCACAGUACCUCGACCCUGCCAAUGCUCCGGGCGCACCCGAGAAGCCCGACAAGGUGCGCGCCAGCCAUCUGCUCAUCAAGCAUGCUGGUUCCCGAAGACCCAGCUCGUGGAAAGAGGCCAACAUCACGCGCUCGAGGGAGGAUGCGAUUGAACAGCUCAAGAAGUUUGAGCAGCAACUCAAGCAGGAUCCCGCCAAGGACAACUUUGCCUCGCUCGCCAGUGUGCACUCGGACUGCUCUUCCGCACGCGCCGGAGGUGAUCUGGGCUUCUUCCAGCGCGGCCAGAUGCAAAAGCCAUUCGAAGACGCCGCUUUCGGUCUCAAGGUGGGCGAGCUCAGCAGCAUCGUCGAUACGGACAGCGGCGUCCAUCUCAUCUACCGCACUGCCUAA